AUGGUAAGAUUUAAAUUUACUGAUGAAAAAUAUUUUUCAUUAGAAGAUUUAUCUUACCGUCAUAAUGAACGUGUUUAUAUUGUGAAUCUUCAGGAAGCAGAAAAACAAGGUGGGAUACACCAAAAGGCUAAGCAUCCAAAAACAAUUAUGGUGUGCUUAGGUGCUUCUAGAAAUGGUCUUACGUCUCCAGUUAUGCUUGAACCUGGUGAAAUAUUAUCUCACAAGAAUUAUAUUGAAUGUUGUUCUUUCACAUGGACAAUUCGAAGUUAA